UUGUUUUUUUGUGUGUUUCAACUUUUAACAAAUAGGAAAAAUGGGAAGACAAAAAGAUAAGUUUUGGCAACAUGCUGAGCAACUUGAUAGUUCACAUUUCAAAUGCAAAUUUUGUGAAAAACAAGUUUUUGGAGGGGUCACUCGACUCAAGUAUCAUUUAGCUAAGGUUAGUGGUCAUGAUAUUGCCUCUUGUGAGAAAGUAUCAGAUGAUGUCCAAGCAGAAGCUCUUCUUGCUAUUAAUUCUGAAUCAAGUAGUAAAAAGCGGAAGAGUUGUACCAGUGGUGAGAGUAUAGUUGGUUCUUCUCCUUUGACUCCUUUAACUAUAACUAGUCAAAGGCAGUCCACAAUGGAGGAAAUGAUCCCUAAGAUGGACAAAUCAACUUGGGAGAAAUCUCUUCGUGACCUUUUUAUUAAAAAUAACAUUUCUUUCAAUGUUGUUCAGUCGGAUGCUUUCAUCAAUUUUGUGAAGUGCACAACUCGUUAUGGUCCUAGUGUUCCUAUUCCAAGUUAUGGAACCCUUCGUGGAAGAAUAAUUCCUGAAGCAAGAAAAGACCUUGAAAAAUAUGCUGAAGAAGUAAAAUUUUCUUGGAAGCAAACUGGUUGCACAUUCAUGUCUGAUUCAUGGACUGACUUGAAGAAGCGGUCUUUUCUUAAUGUGAUUGCUUAUUCCCCGGGUGGUGCUCUCUUUUUGAAGUCAGAGGAGUGUUCUCAUGCUAGAUUGACUGCUUCUUAUAUAUUUGAUAUUCUUGACAGAGAGAUUCAAAGUAUUGGCCCAAAUUUAGUGGUUCAGCUAAUUUCAGACAAUGCAUCCAAUUAUUCAAGUGCACUUGAUAUGCUUACUGGAAAGUAUCGUUGGUUGUUUAAGACUCGAUGUGCAGCCCAUGGUAUCAAUCUAAUGUUGAAGGAUAUCUAUGAAAAGGUUUUUUGGGUUCAAGAAAUUUUUGAUGAGGCGAAAAGAAUUAUUGACUACUUGUACAAGUCAAUAAUUGUCUUACAGUUGAUGAGGAGUUUCACAAACAAGGAUCUAAAAUAUCCUUGCAAAACUAGAUUUGCUUCAAACUUUUUAAUGCUUCAGUCAAUUGUUGAAGUGGAAGAGAAGCUUAGACUCCUAGUUGCAUCAGCUGAGUGGAGGAGUCUAAGAAAUUCGAGAUCUUUUGAAGCAGAUCGAGUAGUGGACACUAUUCAAAGGGAGUCGUUUUGGAAUGAUUCAAAAGAGAUUUUGAGAUUUAUGGAACCAAUCAUUCGAGUUCUCCGUUUGGUUGAUGGUGAUGGGGCUACAUCAGGGUAUUUGUAUGAAGCAAUAGAAAGAGCAAGAGAGGUAUUGGAGAAGCUUUAUGAGGAAGACCACCGGUAUGACCAAAUUUUGAAAAUCUUUGAUAAUAGAAGAGAUGAAAAUAUUUUGGGUAUCAUUCACUAUGCAGCUGCUGUUUUCAACCCCACUUAUUUUUUUAGUGAAAGAUUCAAAAAGAUUCCUCAAAUGAAAGAUGCAACAGAUUUCAUUAGUGAGAUAGUGGUUCCACAAGAUGAGAGGAGAGAAUAUUAUGGACAGCUGGUAGUAUACCACAUGAAGUCUAGCACUCUUUUUACUCCCAGUGCCAAGAUGAUGAUGGAAACUAGUCAUCCUCGGGUUUGGUGGCAUAUACAAGGUGAUGCUAUUCCUAUCUUACAGAAGUAUGCCAUUCGAAUAUUGAGCCAACCAUGUAGUUCUUCGGCUUGUGAGAGAAAUUGGAGUGCCUAGGAUGCAGCACAAACCAAAAAGAGGAAUAGAUUGUCAGCAGCGAUGUUAGAUGAUUUAGUCUAUGUGAGAAUGAAUUCGUUGAUGAUGGAAAAAAGGGGUGAACUUGAACAGAAAAACAUGUUACCCAUUAAUCUUGACAAUAUUAGUGUCAAUGAUUUUGAUCAGAGCAUUGAGGACGUUGAUAAAGAGCUAGAGAGAUUGUUGGAUGAUGUGGAUGAUAGCAUUGCUGAAGACUUGCUAUUUGGUGCAAGUGCUAGUUUUACUGAGAGCGAGACUCAACCCCCAGAUAGUAUAUAAUGAUUUAGUUGAGUACUUAAGUUAUGGUGAUGUAAUAACUAUUGUUAUGCUUUUGUGGAUGUUUUGCUUUAUUUAGAAUAGUUUUUCCUUUUAAGCAUGAAUGAUGGAAUUAUGUGAGUCAUGGACUCAUGGAUUGAAUGAAGUGAUUUUGA